AUCGGCAUCCCUAUUUAUUAUUAGGAUUUAUUUAUACAAAAAUUAUUGAUUAUGGUUUUUAAUUUAUUUGUCACUAGUCGUAACAUCCAUCAUCCAUCAACCAUCAUCUUGUGUUGACGCCUAAACAUGAGAUCCUACACCGAGACCUCGUGGUAAAAUGUCAAAACAGAGGAAAAUUGCGCCACUGCCAUGCACCGUUUUCGUUUCCAUAACUCGUUAGGACAUUCCUUCUCCUUAGUAAGGAACAUUUCCGUUUAUCCAUUCGUCUACACACCACCGUUAAUGCGAUCCAAUUCCAAUUAGAUCUAGGGUUUCUCUUUCCUUGCCAUUCACCCACCCCUGCCGGAGAAACACCAAUUUUCCGUUGCCGGCUUCGCGGAUCUCGCUAAUUUUGUCUCAUAUAUCGAGAAAAUGCACAUCAAAUCGGCGCAGUCAUCAUUUCGGGAUCGGACGCACGAAUUCCAGAGCAUUGCGGAGAGAUUGAAGAAGUCAGGAACGGCGCCAAAUGGACCCAGCAGUAGUAGCACUAGUUCAUCCAGAUCGGAGGAACAACGAUCUGCUAUUGCAAACCAAUCAGAGUUUAAUCGUAGAGCUUCCAAAAUUGGCUAUGGGAUUCACCAAACGUCUCAGAAGCUCGCCAAGCUCGCAAAGUUGGCUAAAAGAACUUCGGUUUUUGAUGACCCAACCAUGGAAAUCCAAGAGCUUACCGGUGUUAUUAAGCAAGAUAUUACUGCGCUGAAUUCUGCGGUUGUGGAUCUUCAAUUACUCUGCAACUCUAGAAAUGAGAGUGGAAAUGCUUCAACCGACACAGCUACCCAUUCAACUACGGUUGUUGAUGACCUCAAGACCCGGUUGAUGAGCACCACCAAAGAGUUUAAGGAUGUUCUCACUAUGCGAACUGAGAACUUGAAAGUGCAUGAGAAUAGGAGGCAAUUGUUUUCGUCCUCUGCUUCUAAGGAAUCUUCAAAUCCUUUUGUCCGGCAACGCCCGUUGACUACAAGGUCGGCUGCUAGUAAUUCUAAUGCCCCUGCACCCCCAUGGGCUAGUGGGUCACCAUCUUCAUCUCAGUCGUUUCCUAAGAAUCAGGUGGAUGGGGAGAGUCAACCAUUGCUGCAACAACAGCAGCAGCAACAGCAGCAGGUAGUUCCAUUGCAAGACAGUUACAUGCAAAGCAGAGCUGAAGCUCUUCAAAAUGUUGAGUCCACUAUUCAUGAGCUCAGCAGCAUCUUUAAUCAACUAGCAACACUUGUUUCCCAACAAGGAGAGAUUGCGAUCAGGAUUGAUGAAAACAUGGACGAUACAUUGGCAAACGUAGAGGGGGCACAAGGGGCUUUAUUGAAGUAUCUGAACAGCAUAUCUUCUAAUAGGUGGCUGAUGAUCAAGAUUUUCUUUGUAUUAAUAUUUUUUCUUAUGGUUUUCUUAUUUUUUGUGGCAUAGUCAUUCUAAAGGCAGAGAAAUGAAAACAAGGACACAAAUAACGGCCUUCUUACUGGUUAUAAGCCUUUUGUAUUUCUUUAAUAUUUGUUUCUGUAGACCUAUAUUCAUUCCCGCAGAGUUUAGUUUAGGAUCAAGUUUGUCAAAUUUAUACUUGUACGUAUCGACGAUACAUAUAGCGAGGAUAAGAACUGUGUGCACAGCAUAUUUUUCAUUUAUCUCUCUCUGAUUGUGAAUGAUUCUUAUUCAGU